CCGCCCCCGCGGCGCUAGCGGAGCCAAGAUGGCGACCGAGCUGGAAUACGAGUCUGUGCUGUGUGUGAAGCCUGACGUCAGCGUCUACCGGAUCCCGCCGCGGGCCUCGAACCGCGGCUACAGGGCAUCUGAUUGGAAGUUAGACCAGCCUGAUUGGACUGGCCGCCUCCGGAUCACUUCAAAAGGGAAGAUCGCCUACAUCAAACUGGAAGAUAAAGUUUCAGGGGAGCUCUUUGCUCAGGCACCAGUAGAACAGUACCCUGGUAUUGCUGUGGAGACUGUGACAGACUCCAGCCGCUACUUUGUGAUCAGGAUCCAGGAUGGCACCGGGCGUAGUGCGUUUAUUGGCAUUGGCUUCACAGAUCGGGGGGACGCCUUCGACUUUAACGUUUCCUUGCAAGAUCACUUCAAGUGGGUGAAGCAGGAAACUGAAAUUUCCAAAGAAUCUCAGGAAAUGGACAAUCGUCCCAAGUUGGAUUUAGGCUUCAAGGAAGGACAGACCAUUAAGUUGAGUAUUGGGAACAUUACAACCAAGAAAGGAGGUGCUUCUAAGCCGCGGGCCGCAGGAACAGGGGGCCUGAGUUUACUCCCUCCUCCACCUGGAGGCAAAGUCACUAUCCCCCCACCAUCCUCAGUUGCCGUCAGCAACCACGUCACCCCACCACCUAUUCCAAAAUCUAACCAUGGAGGUAAUGAUGCAGAUAUCCUUUUAGAUUUGGAUUCCCCUGCUCCUGUCACGACUGCAGCACCAGCUCCAGUUUCUACAAGCAGUGACUUGUGGGGAGACUUCAGCACUGCAUCCAGCUCUGUUCCGAACCAGGCACCACAGCCAUCCAACUGGGUCCAGUUUUGAGUGUCAUUGGCAUGAUGUGAAGGACACACUUGAAGAAUAAAAAUGACUCUGGGGGCACCGUUCUGUGAGGGAGUUGAGGGACCGCUUCAUUUCCCAGAACUAAAAUCAGUGGACAAUCUUUUCUGUAGCUUCUCUGUUGCUUUCAGGAUGGAUUAAUUUGUUACCCCUGUGUUACUUGCUGUAUACCAGGAGACCACCUGUUGUUUCCUGCUCACAUCCAAGGCAGGGGAGUAGCGGAGAUUAUCACACUGGACUGUGCAGAGUUCAGAAGGCCAACUUUUAGAGUGCGAGUGACCUCGGACAUUUGUAAAUUCUUGAACUUGUCUCAGAAUCAUCUCAUGACUUCUGUGUAUCUCUUUGUGAUGCCCUAGUUAGCAAUUUCAGGAGACAAAUGCCUUGGCUGUCUUUCCACCAACCCAAGACUAAAAGUGGGCAGGCUGGAUUUCCAUGGGGGUAGGUUUGCAGAAAGAGCCGUAUCCCAGGUCUCUCCUGUAAGGCCUCCUUCAGGCUUAUCCCGUUCAGUGAGCAUCCAGGGAGCAGCGGCACCGUCACCUCGUGUGUUUACGUCUUUUCCUUUGGUGAAAGGUUGUGCUGGUGGCACCCCACUGUUGUCUACUUGUCCAAUAGCGCAGCAUCCUUGACAGUGGAUAUUUCUGAGAUGAAGAGGAUCAAGGGGCUGUGCUUUCUAAGUUGUAGUCUACAGAACUGUUUUUGCUGCAUUUGAAGCAUAGCAUUAAUUUUACUCCCUGCGGGUUUGACCUGAACGUAGGAGUUUUAGCUUGCUGUGUAGAGCAGAGCGGUGGAAGCACUUGGCUCUCGUGCGGUACCACAUGCCUUGCUGCCUGGUCUGGAUCCCUUUUCAUAAGCAUUUCUUGUAGUUCAUUUAACUGUUCCAUGGAAAGCUGCUAUUACGUAAUUGUCGGUGUGAAAGGCUAAAUCACAGCUUUACCUGUGACAGCCUUUGCCCCAGGCUUUGAUACCCAGCUAGGAUAUCUUAAAGCAAGUCACCGUCCCAUCACUUUCCCCUCCCUCUGCCCGCCAUUCCUUUUAUAAUGCUGUGAAGAGAGCCCUGUUCAGGUCUGGGUACUAUCCACUUUGUUGGGCAAUUUGGGGAUGGAUUGGGAGGAUUUACAUUUUUCUGUGAGCACCUGUUUGGAUAUGUACAUUCAGCCUGAAGAGGGUCCUUAUAUUUAAUUUCAAAUACAUUAUUUCUCUUGGA